CCAGUCUAUCUGAUUGGCCCAUAGGUGACUCUUCAGAGCAGUGCAUGCCACCACUCACUCGAUCACAGACCAAGACCAUGGACCGGAAGGAGGGAGAAUCCCUCUUGGCCUAUGAGGAACGCCUGGCUGCUUUCAUCCAGGAGGCCAAUGACAGGGCUGCCGCCGCGGCCAAGGAACGUGGUCGGAUUGAGCAAGAAGAAGAGGCCGAGAGACAGAAGGAAGAACAGGACCGACUUCGUCAAGAGGAGGCAAACCUGCAGGCGACAGCCGAGCACCGGUCACGCCAGCGGGAACGACUGUUCACGCGGGAGACCGUGAUCGGCGAUGAGGCCGCACAUUGGGUGGAAGUGGCAUCUGCAGACGGGGCCCCGAAGACUGAGAAAAGGCUGUCAGCCCUUGCGCAGGUCUCCCACGACCUCGUGGCCACCUGCGCUCUGCAGCAGGAGGAAAUCCUUCACCUGCAGCAAACAGUGGACCAGAUGCUCGCACAGCUGCAGGCGUUGGAGAAACAGCCAGCUGCUAUAGCAGCCGCAGGGCCUUCAAACCUUGCCACCCGUGUUCAAGGUUUGGAGGAUGACGUCAGCAAUAUCAAGCGUGUGCAUCAGGACUUCAGGACGUCGCAGCAAGCAACGAACUUGCAGUUGGAGACGCAGGUCCAGGCUGCUGCCACCGUGACGCCCGCCGCCGCAUCCUCCAUGCGCCCACCCAAACUGGAUGACAUUCCAGUUUUCUGCGAUCAGUCCAAGACGGAACCGAUCCCGUGGUGGCGCCAGUGUACUCUCAGGCUCGACAUGCACCAUGUCCCGAACAACGAUCGACAUCCGUGCUUGUACCACCGAUGUGGUGGUGCAUGUCAAGCAUGGCUGGACAACAUCUUGACCAGCCACGACGUAGCAGUGUCGGAACUGCACACCAAGCUCACUUGGCAGGAGUUGACUGACGCCUGGCACAAGCGGUUCCAAGUGGAGCCGCCCGACCUGCAAGCGAUGGACAAGCUCAACAAGCUCCAUCAGAACACGCUGCUCAGUCAGGACUGGAUUACCGAGUUCCAAAGACUCGCCUCCACACCUGACCUGCCGCUCGCAUUCCGCGCCAUCAAGCACUUGUUUAUCAUGCGCUCGUGUCCAGCUAUGCAAAAGGCGCUGACGCAGAUUGCAGAGACACUCGACACAUCUGACAAGCUUUUCAGCACAGCGUCACGGAUCAUUCUCACGAAUAUCGAAGCCCGCAACGCCGGCCGAUCUUCCGCGACGACGAGCGGCACCCAGCCCAAGCCAAAGGCUGUGUCCUCGCCUCUGAACACCAUGGCAUUCCAAGCCGCCCAAAUAGUGUCCAUCACUACCCCUCUACAGCAAAGGCCAACAUAUCCCCACCCCGAGGCAUAGCUCAAACCAGUAGAGAGGAUUCCCACAAGCAUCCAGUUAUCUGACCAAUCCAUCUCUUUGCCCAGAAUCUUAUCCCAUUGCUGCUUCCACCAUACCAGCAACUGAUCCACCAAGGGACAGUAAAGCCAGAGGUGGAUC